GAGAGUAAGAGUUGGGCUCCGAGCCUCCUAUAGGUCCUCUCUGGAGUGGAUACUACUGCUCGCCUUCCGGAAGCCACCACGGCCCCCCUGAACGUCUCUGGUCAAAGGUGGUCUUCCAUUGGAGAGCCAAGGAGCCUGUCAGGGGCUUUCCUCCGACCCCCUCUCAUCGUCCUGGUCGCCCGCAUUCCUGCCGGUGCCCUGUCUUCCUCCCUGCUGCCUCCCUGGCCUCCUGUCCUGCAAGCCUGGCCUGCCCACCUCCCAGUCCCUCCCAGACGGGAGCAGCCGACAGCUGUGUGCCCUGACCAGCUGUGUGAACCGUCUGCAUCGCUGCUCUGUUGGGGCCUCAUCUCCUCAAAUAACAAACACCAUGGAGGUGGUGCUGAUCUUCCUGUGCAGCCUGCUGGCUCCCACUGUCCUGGCCAGUGCUGAGCAGGAGAAAGAAAAGGACCCUUUUCAUUAUGACUACCAGACGCUGAGGAUUGGGGGAUUGGUGUUUGCCGUGGUUCUCUUCUCGGUGGGGAUUCUCCUUAUCCUGAGUCGCAGAUGCAAAUGCAGUUUCAAUCAGAAGCCCCGGGCUCCAGGGGAUGAGGAGGCCCAGGUGGAGAACCUCAUCACUGCAAAUGCAACGGAGCCCCAGAAAGCAGAGAACUGAAGUGUAGCCCUCAGGUGGGAAGGUGAGAUUCUGUCUGCCUGUGUCUUCCCCUGGCCCCCUCGCUGUUCCUGCCUCAGAGAAGUGCAGCGGGCCCCGCUUCUGUUAUGAGCCGCGCUCUGAGGGCAGUGAGACAGACGGACCGACACAGCGGAGUACUGCACAUGUGCAGUAAACGGUUGGGAACUAGGGCCUCUGCACAAGCCAGUGGUCAAGUUCACAGGGUGUCAUCUUAGCUGCCGUGUGGGCAGGACUUGGGGGUGAAUUACGGUUGGCGAAAUACUCCCACUCUCCAAGUAGCAUAAAGAGAAUGGCUUUUAGUGAUGAUUCAGAAAGUAUCUUAGGGCCACUCCAAAAAAAAUUUAACAUUUUUUUUUUAAAGAUUUUUAAAA